AUGAACCGCGUCAACACCUUCUUCUGGUCCCGGCUUAAUCCCACGGGGGAACUCGUGCGGUCUGUAGAUGUGUUGCUGCGUGAGCUGGUCCCGGACGACAAACUCGACGCAGCCUUUCAAAAUCUCAGUGUCAGGACCAGUUCAGGAGUGGUGCCACUAAUGCGUAAGCCUGAGGGUGAAGAAGUCUCGGACAGUACAGCCGACGCUUGUGAGCCAGACUAUGAAGGCCACCCGCCACAUGACGAAGAGUCGAGUGAUGAAGAGUCAGCUGCUGAGAAAACCGUGCCUGGUGAACUCGAGCGAAAGUGGGCUAAAAUACGUGCUAUAUUUCACGACUGGGACGAAGAACAGGGCGAUCGUGAAAAGAAAAUGGACGACAUGGCUGAGCUCUUGUUGCGCUAUCGAGUGCUGGAGAAGGUGCUUAUGCCCAAAGUGCUUGGUCAAUUGACGUUUGAAACGCGUAAAUAUGUUGGCAAUGUUUUUCGCGCCAUGACGGUGCACAAUCUGCGCGGCUUUAUUGAACUUAUUGGCGAGCGACCAGAUAUAAUGCGCUGGCUUGUCGAAGGCUACAAGAACAAUGAGACAGCAUUGAUCUGCGGCUCGAUGUUGCGCGACUGUUUCGAGUAUCAGACACUUACCAUGCUUUUCUUGAAAACACUUACGCCCGAGUUUGAAUUCUUGUUCAAAGUCACGAUGGAAAACAGUAACUUUGACAUUUCAGCAGACGCUCUUAUCAAUAUCUCGCGACUACUGACGGUGCACAAGCAGUCAAGUGUGCAGGUUUUGGAAGAGUCGUUCGACCGCAUAUUUGGACUCAUAAACAAUUUGUUGACGUCACAGAAUUAUGCCACUAGGAGGCAAACGCUCCAACUGCUGUCAGAGCUUCUACUUGAUCCUGUAAACUUCUCUGUAAUGCAGCGGUAUGUCUCUUCACGCAAUAAUUUAAAGCAGAUUAUGCUGCUAUUGCGUGAGCCAAGCGAGGCUUUGCGCAUGGAUGCAUUUCAUGUGUUCAAGAUCUUUGUGGCCAACCCAAAUAAGUCGGUGGAAGUGGAGCAGCUCUUGAUUCGCAAUCGUGACAAGCUUUUGGCUUUCGUGAGCGAUUUCGGCAAGGCUGAAUCUGGCCGUGAUUUCCUUCAAGAAAGAUCGUUGCUAGUGUUCGCGCUUGAACAGAUGGCGGAGAAGUCAAAAACAGAGGAAAAAACUCAAGAGCAUUCCACGCGGCGAGUAUCCUUAUCAAGUGCCGAGCGGAUGCCGCUCUCAGGGCCUUUGUCGGGUGUUUGUGCGGAUCAAAAGUAG